CGGGAAUGGGAUGGCGUAUUCGACGUAUGGUUGCAAGGCGACGUUCAGUCUGUUAUUCCACACUUUGUGGAAGCAUUGCAUCAGAAGGACGCGGAGAAAGUAACGGGUUCGUCUCGAAAACGCAGGAAGGCCCCAGACAUUGGGACCCCAACGAAGAAACGGCGACCGGAUGUGAAGGACAUCACCCAUACCCCUCAGAAGUUCCCAUCAUUGAAGGCCAAGAAGGCGCCUGACACAGUGAAACAAGAAAUACAGAGAUUUCCUCGUAAAAAGCAUCCUCCCUCUCCCAUUCGGGUGAAAUCGACGUCUCCAAGCCCGUCUCGACGGCUGCUUUCUCCCACAUCGAAGCGACUACGCUCAUAUUCAGCAUCUAAGAUGAACCGUAGGGAACAUUCGUCAGAUCCUAUUUCUGAUGUUCCUUCCAUCAGAAGGCAUCAUCACUGGCAACCCCAAAAACAACCUCAAGGGUUGAUCUACUCUCCCCAUCCCCGUCCUCCGUUGCUGCCGAAUAUCAGGCAUAAACUUAUACCCGAAGUGGUUGUUUCUCGGCCGCCAGUUUGGCGCCCAUGGCUGAGCCCUCCACAUUCGAGUCGGAGAGAACACUCCCCGGUUGAAUCCAUGCUAUCUUCUAUCACAACACUUUCACCUCGCGAGACGAUCACGCCUCCUAUAUCGCCGGCGCCACUCACGCCGCCAUCGUCUGUUGGCCCCCCAUCACGGCCACAUUAUUCAAACGAUGUGCUAGAUGAAAUUGAAGCACUUGCUUCCCCUUCCCCUACUGAACCGAUCAUACCCGAUCCUCCAAGUUCGAUGCCGCAUCCCCUUAGCUGAUUGCGCCAGAACACUGGAAACACCUUUCACGAUCGCAUCCAGUCCUGCCCGAGCCACCUGUCCACAAGUGGUCAAUGCGAAGACAACCCGACUAUGGCAUUCAAGCUGCUUUUUGUGUCUCGGUUUGCAACAUCAGGACUUCACAAUUGAUAGCAGCACUUUGAACUUUUACAAACAUUUCUUCCCACCUAACUUAUUUGCUCUCUUAUCUCAUUUUUAGUAUAAUUUUUCUCUGUAUUUGCGGACCGGAUUGCGAAAUUUAGACUCGCCGAUAUCCCCAGUCAUGCGGAUCCGGCCAUUAAGAUCGAUACUUCAGUAAGGAAAGCUAUGGCCCAGUGCGCUUCAUUGGAAUACGGUGUAAUUCUAGUGUAGGGCUUCG